UCAAUUAUGAGGCUUUGCGACUUAAGGUGGAAGGUCAGCUUCGAAAUCUUGCAGAAACAAGCAACCAGCAAGUAAGUGACCUCAACUUGAGCUUGAGUGAUGAUUAUUUUCUUAACAUAAAGGAGAAGUUGGAAGACACCAUUGAAACAUUGGAGGAUUUGCAACAGCAAAUUGGCCUCCUUGGCUUAAAGGAGCAUUUUGCUUCGACUAAACGAGAAACUAGAACACCUUCAACUUCUGUGGUUGAAUUUGAUGUCUUUGGUAGGCAGAAUGAAAAAAGGAAUUGA